AUGGCGGUUAGACGUGCAACCCACGCUGGAUCCUGGUACACGGAUGAUCGCAAGUUGACUGCGCACUCGUGUCGUUGGCAAACUUUGGACAAUGAGCUUGCAAGGAAUCUUGCUGCAGUACAGUCAUCUGAAGAGUUCACGCCGCCCGUAGCAGGAUGCAAAGCAGUUAUCGCUCCGCAUGCUGGGUAUUCAUACUCAGGACCUGCCGCAGCAUGGGCAUACAAAACUAUCGAUACCACUGGGAUCAAGAGAGUGUUCAUUCUCGGCCCCUCUCAUCACGUCUAUCUCGAUGGCUGCGAUCUCUCUCAGUGCAAGACGUACCAAACGCCCAUAGGAGAUCUUCCGCUGGAUAUCGAAACUAUUGCCGAAUUGAAGAAGUCUGGGAAGUUCGGAGUGAUGAGCGUGGAGACGGACGAAGAUGAACACAGCAUUGAGCUACACUUACCGUAUGUGCGCAAGGUUUUCGAACGGAAGGACAUUUCUGUCGUGCCAAUUCUAGUGGGGGCUAUUGAUAAGGACAAAGAAGAUGCGUACGGCGAACUCUUGGCGCCUUACCUUGCCCGUGAAGAUACCAUUUUUGUGGUCUCCAGCGACUUCUGUCACUGGGGACAACGUUUCCAAUACACGUACUACUAUCCAGAACCGCCGCCUACGCAUCGCCCAGCUAUUCGUCUUAGCCGGUCCAACGCAUCUCCGGCGGACUUGGCAAAUCAUCCCGUCCACCAGUCUAUACGAGCCCUAGAUCAGGAAGCCAUGGAGCUCCUCACUAUGCCUCCCGCCAGCGCGACGUCGGCCCACUACGACUUCACGGACUAUCUACGGCGCACCAAGAAUACGAUAUGCGGACGUCACCCCAUUGGCGUCCUGCUAGGUGCAUUGAGCGCUUUAGAGCAAGAAGGCCGCGUACCGAAGCUGCAAUGGGUACGAUAUGAACAGAGUAGUGCAUGCCAAUCCGUCAAUGACUCUAGCGUAAGCUAUGCAAGCGCGUAUAUCACAGUCUAAAUUUUCUUCGGAACUCGUAAAAUACCAAUGCACC